CAUGCAAGAUGGCGACCUCCAUGAUUGCACGAGAAAGUUCGUGAUUCUGACUGCAGAGUGCAGCUGGGUUAAGACAUAAGAUUGGCCAGUCUUUUACUGAACGUGUUAUCAUGCUUCGGAGAAUUUUUAGCAGUCGCCUGCUCCCUCAACGAUGGAGGGGCUUAUCUGAUAGCACGGUGCUCACUCAAGGUGAACAAAAACUCAAAAGUAUUCUUCGGGAUAAGUUUCCUAAGGCAGUGGCAGUCCAAGUACAAGACGUGUCAGGGGGCUGUGGAGCAAUGUAUGAAGUUACCAUUGAAUCAGAGGAGUUUGCCGGUAAACGCACUCUCCAACAACACCGUAUGGUUACACAGGCAUUAGCUGAAGAAGUAAAGCAGAUGCAUGGCCUUAGAAUCGCAACAGCCGUCCCUUCCAAAACAGCCUCAACUGAGAGCUGAUAAAAACAAAAGUCCAGCAAAUGAACUAAAAUCUACACUCACAAGUACUCUGUUGUAACCAAAGAAGAGUGAAAUAACUUACCUGACUCGGGAGUUACCAUGGUAACCAGAGUAAAAAAUGAGUAACAGAAGACAUUUUUUUAGGUGGAAGUAAAAAGAUCAUGUGAUUUAUUUUGAAGUAUCCACCAUAUAUACAAGUGGUUUUAAUUUGUAAAAGAUUACCAGCAUCUUAGGCCCAUGGUUUCUUCACGAUCUUUCUUAGGAGUUUUCUUGAUGAUCUCCAUUUGCCUUAAUGCUGUUCGGUAAGAUUUUUAAUAUUUAUCUUGUUUUUUUUAUUAUUUUUUUGUAUGCAAGUCACCAGACACACAAGGCCUGAAGGCCACUUCAA